UGAGUCACUUAUGUAGAGAAAAGAAUGGCUGAGUUGAGAUGGCAACAGAGUACACUAAGUGAAGACAUGAGACAACGGGGAAAGCAGUCACGCAGAGAAGACAGGAUGGAGCGGGUGUGUGCGCUAGUACUACUGAUGAUGCUCUCCCAAGCCACAGAGGCCAGUGCCAUUAUAUUUCCCGGUCAACUGGAUCAUGCUGAAGGGGAUGACUGCCCCACUAGCUCUGGCGGGCCGGGCAAGUGUUCCCGGUCCUGCGAACACUCUGUUGGCCCAGGGGAGCCUUCCAGGUGUGGCAUUAAGGACUCCGCCUUCCUCGUUUGCUGCGACAUACCCUCGAAUCCGGGUGUAGUCACUGUUGCCCUCACGGACAUAGACCCUCCUAAAGUCGCCUUUGAAUGUGGGAAAAAUGUACAAAACUUUCUAAAUUCGCGUGGGCCUUCUCGUGGCAAUGUACUACGCCCUGAGCCACCAACACCUCCAAGCCCGAUUAUAGAAAUUGCAGCAAGUCGGCCUGCUCGGUCUGCCCCUGGUGGAUUUGUGCCUUCGGGUGGAAGAUCUGAAACAGCUGAAGGAAUAGGUGGAGUUAACACAAAAAGUGCCUGGCCAUGGAUGACACUGCUCGGGGAAACCAGUAAUGCGGGAAUUAGAUGGUUCUGUGGUGGAGUGUUGAUCAACGAGCAGUGGAUCCUGUCAGCCCUCCAUUGCUUCUUCCAUAACUCGGCAGAUGUAGUUCGUCUUGGUGAACACAACUACAACGACGACAACGAUGGGGCGAUCCACGAGGACUUUGGUGUGACGGAGACGGUGCUUUAUCCUGACUUUACGUUUGGAGAGGGUUAUCAUGACCUGGCACUCCUCAAGCUGGACAAACCAGUCGCAGUACAGGAGUUCAUCAGUCCUGUUUGCUUGCCAUGGGGAACGGAAAGUGACAGUGAUGUUGCCUUCCGAUCGGCAACACUUACUGGCUGGGGUGACACUGAGCGAGGUGGGUUUCCUACCUCUAUCUUACAAGAGAUCAGCGUGACAGUGUUCCCGUCUGCUAUGUGUAACGAUAGCUACUCUACAUUACGUAACUUUGAAGACACCUGGCCUCGAGGCAUCGGGGACGAGAUCCUGUGUGCUGGGGAUCUUAAUGGAGGGCGCGACGCUUGCCAGGGUGAUUCGGGUGGACCACUUGUGACUGAAGAAGCCAAUGGACUCUUCGUGCUGGCGGGCAUUGUGUCGCAAGGAUACGGCUGUGGCCACAAGGACUAUCCAGGACUGUACGUCAACAUCCGCCAUAAGGCUUACCUUGCCUGGAUCAAGAAGGUCGCAUUCACUUCACCCUGAAAAGGUGUUUUUCAUUGCCUUUACUCCUCUCAUUGGUGGCACCAUGCCAUGAAAUUGGAAUAAGUUUGAUAUAAUGUAGCAUUAAUCAAAGUAUUGUAACACCUAUAACUUUUCGUACCUUCAGACUUCACCUUUUACAUCCGCUAUGAAUAGACAAACCACUAUGUUUUUUUUGUUAAAUAAAGUUGUCAUUAUUUUCAUCACAAUUACGUGAUGUCGUUAGAACAUUACAUCUCUUUAUUCUCCUACUUGGCUGAAAACAGAUCCAGUUUGGCUUGCUGGGGUAUCUCUAUUUGUAGGUUAUUAUUUUUUUUUUUAUUUAAGAGUGGUUUUGGCUAAAGACAAUACACUGUUCUGAAAUAAAACUCACUGAAUGUGCCUGUCUCUAUGUAGUAAAAUUGAUUUCGGCCAA